AUUAAUGGACUUUUUCCCACCAAACAAACGUACUGAAGAAUAUUUAAAACAAGUUUUUCUUGAAAAGGAUCUUACCGAAAUCAUAAAAUUACACAAAGCACAGGCCAGUCAAGAGGCCAAGCGUGAACUCCAACAAACGCUUAUCGAUGAUAUCAAUGACGAAAAAGCACAUUCAGAGAUCACGGCAGACAUUAAAGAAUUCGCACAGCGAAAUAACAUUCCCGAUCACGAGAUUAUAAUCAUUAUUUGGUCGACUAUAAUGUCGCUCGGUGAAUGGAACAAGAAGGAAGAGUUGGUCACCGAUCAGGCGGUACGACAUCUCAAAGGCUAUUGUCCAUUGCUGCAGGCUUUUGCCUCAACAGAUCGCUCUGAGUUGGCCCUGAUAUUGAAGGUACAAGAGUUCUGUUAUGAAAACAUGAACUUCAUGAAGGCCUUCCAAAAGAUCAUAUUGCUAUUCUACAAAACUGAAGUAUUAUCAGAAGAGAGCAUACUCAGAUGGUACAAAGAUGCCCACUCCAGUAAGGGUAAAAUGCAUUUCCUGGAACAGAUGCGAAAAUUUGUCGAAUGGCUGCAAUCUGCUGAAGAAGAAUCAGAAUCCGAAGAUGAACAAAAGGCACAAAGCAAUGGUGAAUAACAUAAUGACUCGACGGGCAUUAUAGAUUGGAUAGGGUCUUAAAAAGCAGGCAUGCAAACAAAUAAACCGAAUAGAACAGCGUUACAUCGUGUUUCUCUUAGAGUAAAGUUCUAGUUAAAACAUGAAGAUUAAAAGUAACCAACCACCUCCACCUCUUCCUGCUCCUACAAACAACGACAUUAGCGCGACGACAUCAUAAGCUGGCAGAUAACCAUAUAAAAUCAUUAUAAUCUACACAUGUAACAUCAAGUAUACAUAUACUAUACAUACAUAUAUACACAGCAUAUAAAAUGAAUCAUUUCUCACAUCAUAGGAAAAUGUUUACAAAUAUGUUCUGAACAUACAACAAAUGGA